AUGGCAGACCAAAGGCGAGGACCGUGGUCUCAGCACGAGGAUGCUUACCUCAUGGACCUAGUCAACACCCAAGGUCCUCUCAACUGGGUCAAAAUAUCGACCAUGCUCGGGACCAGGACCCCUAAGCAGUGUAGGGAGCGGUACCAUCAGAACCUCAAGCCGUCCCUGAACCACGAGCCCAUUACAGCAGAGGAGGGUGAACUCAUCGAACAACUCGUGGCCCAGCUAGGAAAGCGGUGGGCAGAGAUCGCACGCCGUCUUCACAACCGUAGCGACAACGCCGUCAAGAACUGGUGGAACGGCAGUAUGAACCGCCGCAGACGGCUCACUCGCAAGAGGUCGCCCUAUGAUGACUCCAACGAUGCUUAUCCGUACUCGCGAGCGCCUGCUCGAUUGCAACUGCCGACCGGUCCCGUGCAGUACACCCAGUAUCCUCUGCCCUCGCCAACGAACUCUACCAGCCGGUACUCGCAGUCGUCCUGGGGCAUGACGCCCAGUCUCGCCUCGCCAACUUCGGCCAUCACCCACACCAACGAGCCCGCCUUGGAUGGAGCACCGUCUCUGAUGUCGGACUCUGGCUCGUACUACUCCGAGUCGCCCACGGCCUAUGGGCCUCCUGAAUCACCAAACUUUAGCCUGCCUCCCUUGAGAUAUGGGGACAGCGCUUCUACACCCCGCUGCUUCGCCGUCGACCACGACCCCAAGCAGCUCGCACACUCAUUACAGCUACCGUGCAUUCGAGACGCCCUGGAUGGUCGGACACAGCUGCCCACGGCACCAAACUCCCCAGUCACCUUACCUGCGCCCAGGAUGCUUCAAGACGCGAGACUGCGGCAUAACGCAUCGAGGAGCCCGUCGAACUUGGAGCCGCCACAGGCCAUCGACCCAAGGAUGAAGUUGAAUAAUCUACUGCACUAA